AUGCCGUUUGCCCAACUGGUCAUCGGUCCACCCGGGGCCGGGAAGUCGACCUAUUGCAACGGCAUGCAGCAGUUCAUGGGGGCCAUUGGGCGAAAGUGCAGCGUGGUCAAUCUGGACCCGGCCAACGACGCGACCUCGUACACGGCAGCAGUGGACGUGAGAGAACUUGUCACGCUGGAGAGUAUCAUGGCCGCCGAGGCCGAUGAUGGCCAAGAACAGGGACCCGGCCUCGGUCCUAACGGCGGCGUGCUCUACGCGCUGGAAGAGGUCGAGGAAAACUUGGACUGGUUGCAGGAGCGGCUGGAAGCGCUCGGCGACGACUAUGUUCUCUUUGAUUGUCCGGGACAGGUGGAACUAUUUACACACCACGACAGUCUGCGGAAGAUCUUCCUGAAACUCGCAAAGGCGGGGUAUCGACUCGUCGUCGUCAACCUCAUUGACUCAUAUGCCCUGACGCUCCCGUCGCUGUAUAUCUCGACGCUGCUGCUGUGUCUGCGCAGCAUGCUGCAGCUCGACUUGACGCACAUCAAUGUCCUGACCAAGAUCGACAAUCUGGCCAAAUACCCGCCCUUGGCGUUCAACCUUGAUUUCUACACUGAGGUGCAAGACCUGUCGUACCUGAUUCCCGGUCUGGAGGCCGAGUCGCCCAUGUUCGGACAGGGCAAGUUCGCCGCGCUCAACGAGGCCAUUGUCAACCUGGUCGAGGAGUUUGGGCUAGUCGGCUUUGAGACGCUCGCGGUCGAGGAUAAGAAGAGCAUGAUGAAUCUGCUGCACACCAUCGAUCGCGCCGGCGGGUACGCAUUUGGCGCGGCUGAGGGCGCCAAUGAUACUGUCUGGCAGGUCGCGGUCAGAGAGGGUCUAGGCAAGAUGGAUGUGCGGGAUGUGCAGGAACGUUGGAUAGAUAGUAGGGAAGAGUAUGAUGAACUCGAGCGCAAGGAGUGGGAAGAAGAGCAGAAAAGGAGAGAAGCCGACUGGGACGCCAACAAAGAUCAGGACCUUGAUACGGACCUGGGGACGGACGUACCGCUACCGAUGGUAGGUAGUGGUGUCAAGGUCGUGAGAAGAGGGGAGAGCAAGCAACCCUCACAAUCUUCGCACUCUCCCCGCCCACCGCCGCCUUCAUAG